CUACUCUAGAUAGACACUCUCAAUCAGCUUAGGGUAGGAUACAGCAAGAACACUGCUCGCUCCAGUAGUUCAUGUCAUUCACAUCAUGCCACAGUUUGGAUAUAUCGCGUCUGUAUUCCAAAUGAAAUAUCUUUGAUCGUUUCUGAGGAGUAGUAUUUCUCAGCAGCCAUGAAUGCUAAAGGUUUCUUGACUUUACUUCUGCCGGCCUCGCUGCUAGUCUGACUCCUCGCCGCAGGGCGGCAGCACUGAGUCUGGAUCGCCGACGCCUCCUCCUGCGCAUGCGUAGUGGUGCAGGGUGCCUCGGGUUGGGUGCAGUGAAGCAGUUCCAGAGAAGCGGAGUUUCCGGCUGCUUUCUUCGGGUGAACCGAGUGCUGACACCACGAAACACCGAGGAAAAAAAGGCCGCUGUGGGAGGCACUCAGAAACCGAGGAGAAAAUAAAACGCUCUAGCAACAGGGUGACAGAUUCCUGGGCGAAAAACAGGGAGCAGGCGGAAGGGGAUCUACCGAGAGCCGGCAUGGCCAGGGACUAUGAUUACCUCUUUAAGCUGCUCAUCAUUGGGGACAGCGGUGUGGGGAAGAGCAGUCUUCUGUUGCGGUUUGCAGACAACACUUUCUCAGGUAGCUACAUUACCACGAUUGGGGUAGAUUUCAAGAUCCGGACUGUGGAGAUCAAUGGUGAGAAAGUGAAACUUCAGAUCUGGGACACAGCUGGACAGGAGCGGUUCCGCACCAUCACAUCAACGUACUACAGAGGGACGCACGGGGUGAUCGUGGUGUAUGAUGUAACCAGUGCAGAAUCCUUUGUAAACGUCAAACGCUGGUUACAUGAAAUUAACCAGAAUUGUGACGAUGUCUGCCGGAUAUUAGUGGGAAACAAGAAUGACGAUCCACAGUCGAAAGUGGUGGAGACAAACGACGCACAGAAAUUUGCAGAACAGAUGGGGAUUCACCUGUUUGAGACCAGUGCAAAAGAAAACCUGAACGUGGAAGAGAUGUUCAACUGCGUCACGGAGCUCGUUCUUAAAGCAAAGAAAGAAGUUGUGGCCAAACAGCAGCAGCAGCAGCAGAACGAUGUUGUGAAGCUGACGAAGAACAGUAAAAGAAAGAAAAAGUGCUGCUAACCGUCAAGCAAAAAAGAAAUGAUGCACCGGACUCCACUUAAAACACAAAUACAAACAGUCCCCUUUGGACUCAAGGAUCAUGAAGAUUAAAAAAAAGAAAAAAAAGAAAGAAGAUGAUUUUACCAGAUGUCUGGAGCAGCUUUGUUUUUUUAAUUCAUCGGUUCUGUGAUGUUAUUUAAUAGUUCCUUCUCCACAAUGCAUAGAGAGGACAGAAGAAGACUGCACUGGUGAUGUUGCAGCGUCGACAUUAAAAUGUGUUUUUUUUUUUUUUUUUUUUUGGUCGGAUUAAUUUGUCCCUCUCCAUUCCACACUGCAUGGACAUUUAGAAAAUCGCAUAGCAAAACGCCAACAGCGACUGAACUGUUUCUCUUGGGGAUUUGUGUACAUAUUGUACAUCGCUUCUGUGUCCGCCUGCCAUCUCCACCUCUCACCGCUUCGUCUAACGCAUUCGGAUGCCAACAAAUCAUGAACUUUUAGAGUACAUUUUUUAAAAUAAAUAAUGUUCUUAAUCUGAGUUUGCUGACCAGUGUGUUAGCAAUCGGUGACUGCCAGAGUUUUGUUUUUUGCACUUUUCCCUCAUAUUAGCUGCCCCCUCUCUCCCUCUUUCUCUCUCUCCCCCUCUCUCUCUCCCUCCCUCUCUCUCCUUCUUCCCUCGCCAGCAGCUUAUUCUUCAACAUUUAUUUUGUGAUUUUAAAACAAAAAAAUUAAAAACACACCUUUAACCUUCACAAAGGGAGAAGAGGGGCUAUUUGGGGUUAAACCUUUUUAUGGACAGGGGAGAAAUAUAAACAAAUAUAUAUAAAUUGCAAAUUUGGAUUUGUACUUGUUAACCUGCUUUACCAUUUCUAUAGCACCCGGGUACAGCACAACAUGGAAACCACACCUGUAGAUAUAAAAGGAAUGGACCUUGUACCAUAAAGACAUGAGAAGAAAAAUGUAACUAAAUAAAAAAAAAAAAAAAAGGAAAGCAAGUUGUAUUUUUUGUGUGUAAGUUGAAUCUCUUUCUCCUGAGCUGUGGUUGCUUGUACACUGGAGAGCUAAGAUGUAUUAUUAAUUUUCCCUCAGCCAAUUUAAUCAAUAAUAAACAUUUUAAAAGAAUGAA